GAGUGCUUACACGAAACGCAUCCAAACACUUCACUGACCCAUUCCACAGUCGCAAAUGGAUUUCGCUAGGGCAUUAUUAUUUUUCUGUAGCUUACUAACACCAGCAGCAUUGUGCACUGUUGCGACAUCUCAAAACGUCCCAACACAGCCCAACAAACCACCGAACGCGGGAAGUUCGUCGACAGGGUGCGGUAAUGUUCACGUCAACAACUACUGCCCAGCGCCAGACAAGGAGAUCCUCGCUCAGCUUCUUAACGUACGGACCCAGCUGGCGGACAUACAGCAGAAGGUCGAUUCGUUGGCUGAAAAUAACUCCAAAUCAGGUAGGUGAAAUAGGAACAAGGUAGCCAUAAUACACACCGUAACUGGCAAUGCAUAUUUUUACACUGUUUAAACAUACUUUUUUAGUCUCGGGUCUUUUGGUCAGGAUAUCGUGCAAUCGCUCUCCAAAUUAAUUAAACUGCGCAAACCGUGAGCCAACACGGUCAGCACGAGCCUGUCUUCAGGGUUUUAAGGUUUCUCUUUUGGAAGAUAUGGCGACGUUUUACACUGAUAUAUCAGGCUUGAAGCAAAAAACCCGCUGCCAUAUACCCUGAUUCUAUGGUUUACCUUUUUAAAAAUUAUGUAAUUACUUAAAAUUGUAAUUAUAGUUAAGAAGAACUGUGCUGAGCUGUACAAAUCUGGCCAAAGAAACAGCGGAGUGUACACAAUUGACCCUGAUGGUUCAGGCGCCUUUGAUGUUUUCUGUGAUCAAAAAGCCGCUGGUGGAGGUUGGACCGUGAUCCAGAAAAGAUUAGACGGUUCAGUUGAUUUUCAGCGAGGAUGGAAUGACUACAAGCGCGGAUUUGGUAGCUUGAAUGGCGAGUUUUGGCUCGGACUCGAUAAGAUGAAUCGAUUGACAACAACAAAAAGCCGACUUCGCGUGGAGCUCGAAGACACGAAAGGAAAUACUGCUUACGCUGAAUAUGAUUCCUUUGGCGUGGCAAGUGAGAGAGCUUUGUACAAAAUGAGCCUUGGAAGUUAUUACGGUGAGUUGAUGAUGAUAAAUUAUAGUGAACGUCACCAAAGGGAAAAAAGAGUCAGUAUGGUAAAACGGGGAACACAAACAUGCAGCUUAUUUUGCAACAUUGCUGCAAAACAAAUUGGAACUGAAGCAGUGUUGCUCGUUUUACUACCCAGCAAGUGACGCCAUUCCCGUGUAUGAUGUCAACAGCUCGUAAUUUUAUCCAAUCAAAGAUUAGUAUUUGCGCAACCUAAUUUGCUGCAAGAUAGGUUUGAAGAUGGGUGGUAAAACGCGCAACAUCGCUUUUUUCAACUCAGUUUGCAAAAACGUUUCGAAACAAGCUGCUCGUUUUUCUUGUCCGUUUUACCGUUGCUUAUCUGGGUAUCCAACCUCGUCCUCAGGGCUUUUCCAUUCAGUUUGAAAAAUGAGAGAGACGUACAUCCCAUUUUAAAGGGAAAUGCCCUGGAGACGAGGGUGGGAACUGAGACGUAAGGAUUUCCCUAAAGCGCCAUCCGCAGUCUCCUAGAGUAAAAAUGUUUUUACUUUAAUCGUGAGUUUUACAGGUUCUUAGACCGAGGAUGAGCCAAAUUUUCCUCGGCAAAAUAAUCUAAUUUUACAGAAAAAGGUGUCUGGCGUAGACAAGAUUGUGAAUUUCAAUGACCGUUGAAGACCUAACAAAGAAAUCAAGCACCUUUUGAGCACCUAAACAGAAUUCAAAGACUUUUCAAGAUGACUAGUAAAAUUCAAGACCUUUUCAAGAUUGUUCGAAAUAUGUUCUUAAAAAUUCAGACAGGGACAUAUGAACCCCCUCAAAAGCCUAAGGACAUACGCACGCGCAGAAUGUCAUAUUUGACUCAAUCUAUGAUUGGUCCACGGCCUUGUGCUUAUGCUUGUGCUUAUGUCGACCCAGUUUUCACUAGUCAAAGUACGACAUAAGCAUAAGCACAAGCACAAGAAGAACGAACUUGCCCGGCGUUUUUCUUGUGCUUAUGCUUAUGUCGACCCAGUUUUCACUUGCUUACACCUGUGCUUGUGCUUAUGUGCUAGCGAAAACCAGGCUUAAGAGAGAAUCAACAAUAACAGAUGUGUUUUCAAAGGCCAAUGAAAAUAGUGCUUUCUGAGAGCUUUGUGGCUACUGAGGCGGGGAGGGAGUGUCUCCCGUUUUCAUCUCCCCCAUGGUCCCAAUCAAUGAUAUCUUCCGCUCUUCUGUAGUCGACUUGUUGUUGACGAGUGCUGAACGGAAUGGUGUCAAGAGAGAAAGAGCUUAUUCUCUUUUGACGAAUAGAUUACAAGGCUGUUUAAUACCAGUUUUCGUUAUCCCUGAAUAAACGCCGCAUUUUCUGAUUAGCCUGCGCGACAGACGAAACUAAACUCUGGUUGGGUCCAUCUGCGAAACAGCGCCCAUAUUGAGUGCGGCGUUUAUUCGAGAAUGGCGUUUAAUCGAUUAAGUACAGUAAUGCAAAGAUUUUUUCAGGAACUGCUGGAGAUUCGUUGAGUUAUCACGCUGGAUCCUCGUUUACAACCAAAGAUCGCGACAAUGAUAAAAACUCAGGCAACUGUGCCGUGAGCUACAAAGGAGGAUGGUGGUUUAACAACUGUGUGACCGCGAGUCUUAAUGGCUUCUACUAUCACGGAAAGCACUCAACGUAUCAUGAUGGUAUUAACUGGCGCGCGUGGAAAGGUGGCAGCUACUCGGCUAAAAGAGCUGAGAUGAAGAUACGACCAGUGGAUUUCUAGAACGUGAGGUGAUUUUUCAGUGUAUGUCAAGGCACU